CACUUUCUUCAUAAUUUAAUAAUCUUUUUAUUAAAUUUUUUUCAAAUUCAUUUAAUCUCACUUGUUUGAGUAUUUGAUAUUAUUUUUUCAUGGUUUUUAAAACCCUCAUUUUGAUAUUUGACUUCUUCAUCGGAAAGAAUCUGCAUCAUAUGGCUGUAUCCUUUUCAAGUCAUAUAACUUAUUUAAUAUCUUCCUCUUUUUUUAAUUAUAAAUUCUCUGGUUUCCAUUGUGGGUAUCCAUAUCUAGCACCCACCCUUUGCUGGAUUAAGUUUCUUGUCCCAAAAAAAAGCUGUUCCUUCAGGUCCAGAUGUGAGCUGACCAACUCCAGUUGACUCAAAUUUCAAAAGGGUAUCUUCAAAAAUGGAGCUUGAUAAGCCUAUCAUGAAAACAAAUAUGCUUUUCUUGAUUUUUGGUUUGUGGGUUAUGGUGGUGGCCAUGGCAGACAAGGGUAUAACUGUAAAUACAUCAUCAUCAAGAAGGCCUAAAGUUGUGAAUAUCGGAGCUUUAUUAACAGUAAAUUCAGUUAUCGGAAGGUCUGUGAAGCCUGCUAUCAUAGCUGCAGUUGAUGAUAUAAACUCCAAUCCAUCCAUUCUUGGAGAAACCCAUUUGAAUCUCAUCUUACACGACACAAAUUGCAGUGGGUUUAUCGGCACCAUUGAAGCUUUGGAGCUAAUGGAAAAAGAAGUGGUGGCUGCAAUUGGACCACAAUCAUCAACUAUCGCACACGUCAUCUCACAUGUCGUCAACGAGCUUCAAGUACCUCUCAUUUCAUUCGGAGCAACCGACCCGACCCUCGCAGCUCUCCAAUACCCUUACUUCCUUCGUAUGACACAAAGCGAUUACUACCAGAUGUCCGCCAUAGCCGACCUCGUAGAAUACUUCGAAUACAAAGAAGUAAUCGCCAUUUUUGUCGACGAUGAUUAUGGCAGAAAUGGGAUUUCAUCGUUAGGCGAUUCCCUCGCUAAGAACCGAGCCAAGAUUUCUUACAAAGCAGCGUUUACACCAGGCGCAUCGGAAACAGACAUAAGCGAGCUAUUAACAGAAAUUAAUUUAAUGGAGUCUCGUGUUUAUGUUGUUCAUGUAAACCCGGAUUCGGGUCUCCAGAUUUUUUCCAUUGCUAAAAAGCUCAAUAUGAUGACAAGUGAUUACGUUUGGAUCACUACCGACUGGCUUAUGGCGGUUCUUGAUUCGCAAGAACCGCCAAAUCCUGACGCGAUGGGACUGGUACAGGGUGUCCUGUCCCUGCGUCAGCACACUCCAAAUUCAAAUUACAAAAAAACUUUCAUCACAAAAUGGAAAAACAUCAAAGAAAAGGAAACAAAUAGUUUCAAUUCAUACGCGCUUUACGCGUAUGAUUCCGUAUUUUUCCUCGCACAUGCGAUCGAUACAUUCUUGAAAUCAAACCAAGAAAUCACAUUUUCUUCCGACCCAAAACUUAAAAACAACAACGGGUCCCACCUUCAGUUAUCGGCUCUUCAAACGUUUGACCAAGGUCAAAAGCUUCUAGAAACACUUCUCUCAACAAACUACACGGGUCUAACCGGCGAAAUCCGGUUCGACUCGGACAAGAACCUAGUCCACCCGGCAUACGAUGUUUUAAACAUGGGUGGGACCGGGAUCCGCACGAUCGGUUACUGGUCAAACUACUCAGGUUUAUCGGUCAACUCUCCGGAGACUUUAUAUAAAAAGCCGGCGAAUAGUUCUACGAGUGCUCAAAGGCUUUAUAGUGUGAUUUGGCCUGGUGAAACAAGUGUGAAGCCACGUGGAUGGGUGUUCCCAAACAAUGGGAAGCCUUUAAGGAUUGUGGUACCUUAUAGACAUAGUUAUAAAGAGGUUGUUACAAAAGAUGUUAGGUCUCCGGAAGGUGUGAGAGGGUAUAGUAUUGAUGUUUUUGAUGCUGCUGUGAAUUUACUACCUUACCCUGUGCCAAGGAAGUAUAUUCUAUAUGGAGAUGGUGUAAGGAACCCGAGUUAUAGCAAUCUUGUGGCUGCUGUUGCUGAAAAUAUAUAUGAUGCAGCAGUUGGAGAUGUUACAAUUAUCACAAACCGAACAAGAAUAGUUGACUUUACUCAGCCUUACAUGGAAUCUGGGCUUGUUAUUGUUGUUCCGGUCAAAAAGUCAAAAACAAGUCCAUGGGCUUUUCUUCAGCCAUUCACCAUUGAAAUGUGGCUUGUGACAGGUGGCUUCUUUCUACUUGUUGGGUUUGUUGUUUGGAUUCUAGAACAUCGUUUAAAUCACGAGUUUCGUGGGCCCCCAAGCCAGCAAAUCAUUACGAUCUUCUGGUUUAGUUUCUCAACCAUGUUCUUUUCACACAGGGAGAACACGGUUAGCACGUUGGGGCGAUUAGUUCUACUGUUAUGGCUUUUCGUGGUGUUGAUCAUCAAUUCAAGUUACACAGCUAGUUUGACUUCGAUCUUGACCGUUCAACAGUUGACUUCUGGAAUCGAGGGUUUAGAUGGCAUGCUUGCAAGUAACGAACCGAUUGGAGUUCAAGAUGGCUCUUUUGCGUAUAAUUAUUUGAUUCAAGAACUCAAUGUUGCAGAAUCGAGGAUUAGAUCGCUGAAAGAUAGUGAAGAUUACCUAAAUGCCCUUAGACUUGGACCAAAACUUGGUGGUGUGGCUGCCAUUGUUGAUGAGCUUCCUUAUAUUGAGCUUUUUAUGAGUUAUACGAAGUGUGAGUUCAGGAUUGUUGGACAGGAGUUCACCAAAAGCGGAUGGGGAUUUGCAUUCCAAAGGGAUUCUCCAUUAGCACUCGACUUAUCAACCGCAAUUCUCCAACUAUCAGAAAACGGGGAAUUACAAAGAAUCCAUGACAAAUGGCUCGCAUCAAGUUCAUGUUCAUCAAAAGUUACAGAAAUCGAUGUCAGCAGUCUUUCAUUAAGCAGUUUUUGGGGUCUAUUCCUGAUUUGUGGGGUCGCAUGUUUCAUUUCACUUAGUAUUUACUUUUGUCGGGUGUUAUGUCAAUACCGGAGAUUCAAUCCCGAUGAAGAAGAGCCACACGAGCUUCCGGAACCGGAAUCAGCAAGGCGGAGUGAGAGACGGACAUUCCGGUCCACGAGUUUUAAGGAUUUGAUUGACUUUUAUGACAAGAAAGAGGCUGAGAUUAAGGAAAUGUUGAGGAGGAAUAGAAGGCAAGUUAAUGGGCAUAAUGAUUCGCCUUUAUGAAAUCGGGAAUUUUGGUCUUGUGUUGAAUGGUUGACUUUCCUAAUUUGGAAAGAUUUAUGUAUAUUGUUUAUGGGUGUGAGUGAAGUAUACUUUCUUACAAGAAA